AUGCGUUCAUUCUGUACGAUAUGUACGACUAGUGUACGAGUGCCAUAUAGAAAGGGUCUAUAUCGAAACAUCGGUAAACUCACUCCACUCCGACAAAAUCUGAGCUCAGCACGCGAGUCUGAACUGAAGGCACUGACAACAAAGAGUGACGAAACACAGAAAAAUUUAUCUACACUAAAUCCCGACCAUCGAGAGUUAGGCAUACAGCAGGAGCUGUUUACCACAUCAAAAUUUUGUCCUGGAACCCCCAUAUUUCUUCCAAAUGGUACAAAAAUAUUUAACAAGCUAAUAGAAUAUCUUCGAUCUCAAUAUGAAGUUUUCGGUUUCCAAGAAGUGUUGACUCCUACAAUUUUCAAAAAAUCCUUGUGGGAAACCUCAGGUCACUGGGACAACUAUGCCGAGGACAUGUAUGCAGUGACCGGACGACGUACGUUGAGUGCCCAAGACGGGGAAUCAGAAGUUCAAGAUGAGCCAUACGGACUCAAGCCCAUGAAUUGUCCUUGUCACUGCUUAAUAUUUGCAUCAAAGGGGCGUAGUUAUCGGGACCUGCCUUUGCGAUAUGCAGAUUUUAGUUCUCUACAUCGAAAUGAAGUCGCGGGUGCAUUAAGCGGACUAACAAGAGUAAAACGAUUCCACCAGGAUGAUGGGCACAUAUUUUGUCGACCCUCUCAAAUCAAGGGCGAAAUUCGUCGAACACUAGAUUUUGUCAAGUUAACUUACGAAGUUCUUGGACUAGGACCAUACCGACUUGUGUUGUCCACUCGACCGUCUGGCGGCUUUAUUGGCACUGAGGAGGAAUGGGACAAUGCAGAGUUAGCUCUAAAGGAAUCACUGGACGCAAGUGGGUUAGACUGGAAAGUUAACGAAGGCGAUGGCGCUUUUUACGGGCCCAAAAUUGACAUUGUACUUCAAAGUUCGGCUGAUAAGAAGGAACACCAAACCGCAACUAUCCAACUAGACUUUCAAUUGCCUAAAAGGUUUGGCUUACGCUAUCAGGCGCCAGCUCCCGAUGUCGAGAAAAAGGGACUUGUCUGUACCGACUCAUCACUCUUGAGCGUAGAAGGACCUGUUACUCCGGUGUUAAUCCAUCGGGCAGUGCUUGGAUCUGUGGAAAGAAUAAUGGCACUUCUUAUCGAACAUUAUAAUGGGCACUGGCCCUUUUGGCUUAACCCAAAUCAGGCAGCUAUUAUUACGGUAAAUGAUUCUGCAGAAACCUUGGAAUAUGCUGGUGAAGUUAGUAGAGCUCUGCAGGGACUUGGAAAAAUAGACUCGGAUCAAGCAAGUAGGCAAUCUGAAAGGGGCAUUCCUAGGGACUUGGCAUCUAUCUCUAUUGAAGUUUUUGAUAAGCCAAUUGGAGUCAACCACAAGAUUGCUGCAGCUAAGAGGCAGAGAUACGGUAUUAUUGUGCUGAUAGGUCCCAAAGAAGUUCAGUCAGGAACGAUUUCUGUAGAUCUUUCAGGUAUUCCCAUUAGGAAUCGAUAUACAGACAAGAUACUACAAAUGAUUUCCACCAAGGCAAAUCAGUACGUCCCCGGCCAAGACAUGAAAUGGGAAUUGAUCCUGUCACUGGUCUUGCUGGAUAUCGAAGAAACCUUGAUGGCUGCUAGUGAUCGUAGUUAG